AUGCUGCUCUUUAGUGCAACAAUAUUUCUUUUCUUAUCUCUCUAUGUCAUAAUUAUGCUUCUCUUCAGUUCAUCAAUAUUUAUUUUCUUAUCUCAGCAUGUCAUCAUACAUAUCUCUUUAGUACAAUAUUUAUUUUAUGAUCUCUCCUUUUUCUCCUUCCUCUUUCCUUUCUUUUCAUUCUUUCUCUCUCUUUUACUUAGUUUGUUUUCUUAUUUAAUUUUUUCAAUAUUUUUACAAUUUGUUUUUCAUUUUGUUUUAUUCCUCCACUUUUCUUUCUCUCACUUCUUUAUAUUUUUUUUAUUUCCCUCUAAGGAUUUUCUUCUUCAAAACAUCUGCCUCUUUCUUCUUUUUGUUCAUUGUCUUCUAUUUCUUCUUUUUCUUCUUCCUCCUUUCUUUUUUUUUAUUGUUUUCUCUUUCUCCUAUUCAAUCUUCAUUUUUUCUUCUUCCACCUUAUUCUUUUUCGUCUUCAUGUAUUCUUUUUAUCUUCCCUAUCAUGUUAAUCAGUCUUUUUUUUCUCCAUUAUCUUUUCUUUCUCAAUAUUUUUCUUUCACUUCUUUGUCUCUUUCUCUUCUUUUUCAUUUUUCUUCUCUGACCCCUGACUUUUUCAUCAUCUGUCCCUCUUGUUUAUAUCUCCACCUCUUUCUUUUUUGUUUCUUUUUCAUUUUUCCUUCCUUCCUUCCUUCCUUCCUUCCUUCCUUCCUUCCUUCCUUCCUCACUUUUCCUUCAUCUUUUGCUCUCAUUUUCUCCUUCAAUUUUUUGCUCUUCUUUUUCUUUUCAGUUCUUUUUCCUUUUUCUUCCUUUCCUCCUCACAUUUUCAUCAUCUAUCCAUCUUGUCCACAUCUUUACUUCUUUCUCUUUUGUUUCCUCUUAAUUUUUUAUUUUUCCUUCCUUCCUUCCUUCCUUCCUUCCUUCCUUCUUCCUUCCUUCCUUCCUUCCUAUAUUUUGCUCUCAUUCUCCUCUUCACUUCUUUCUUUUCUUUUUCUUUUCAAUUCUUUUUCAUUUUCCUCUCUAUCCUCACUCUCUUUUUCAAUGCACACCACUUUUUCUUUUCCUCUUCCUUUCUCAUUUUUCUCUUUCUUCCAUUUCUUUGAUUAA